CGGAAAUCAGAACUCGGUGGGUGAGCCGCGUUGGCCAGAUCUGGCUAUAAAUAGGGGGCGAAGCGGAGUGGAAUAAGCCGUGAAAGGGGUCGAUCUCGAAAUCAAGCGCUCCCAAAUCGUGUACCGGACAAGGUUAGAGAAGAAUGGCCCAAAUCGACACCUUCCUUUUCACCUCUGAAUCUGUGAAUGAGGGGCACCCUGACAAGUUGUGUGACCAGAUCUCUGAUGCUAUCCUUGAUGCCUGCUUGGCACAAGAUCCUGAUAGCAAGGUUGCAUGUGAGACAUGCACCAAAACCAAUAUGGUCAUGGUCUUUGGGGAGAUCACAACCAAAGGCAAUAUCGACUAUGAAAAGAUCGUUCGGGACACAUGCCGUUCGAUCGGCUUUGUGUCGGAUGAUGUUGGCCUGGAUGCGGAUCACUGCAAAGUGCUAGUUAACAUUGAGCAACAAUCACCUGACAUUGCCCAAGGUGUUCAUGGGCACUUCACCAAGCGCCCUGAGGAGAUCGGAGCUGGCGAUCAGGGUCACAUGUUUGGUUAUGCAACAGAUGAAACCCCUGAGUUGAUGCCCCUCAGCCAUGUUCUCGCCACCAAGCUCGGUGCACGCCUCACCGAAGUCCGCAAGAAUGGCACCUGCCCUUGGCUAAGGCCUGAUGGGAAAACCCAAGUUACAGUCGAGUAUCAAAAUGACAAUGGCGCCAUGGUUCCCCUUCGGGUCCACACCGUGCUGAUCUCCACCCAGCACGAUGAGACUGUAACUAAUGAUGAGAUUGCUGCAGACCUCAAGGAGCACGUCAUCAAGCCAGUCAUCCCUGAGAAAUACCUUGACGAGAAGACCAUUUUCCAUCUCAACCCAUCAGGACGCUUUGUCAUCGGUGGCCCUCAUGGUGAUGCUGGUCUGACUGGCCGCAAGAUCAUCAUCGACACUUAUGGUGGUUGGGGAGCUCAUGGUGGUGGUGCCUUUUCAGGCAAGGACCCUACCAAGGUCGAUCGCAGUGGUGCAUAUAUCGUUAGGCAAGCGGCCAAGAGCAUUGUGGCAAAUGGCCUCGCACGCCGUUGCAUUGUACAAGUCUCCUACGCAAUUGGUGUCCCUGAGCCCCUAUCAGUGUUUGUAGACACCUACGGCACUGGCAAGAUCCCCGACAAGGAGAUUCUGAAGAUUGUGAAGGAGAGCUUUGAUUUCAGGCCUGGAAUGAUGACCAUCAAUCUGGACUUGAAGAGGGGUGGCAACAGAUUCCUCAAGACCGCAGCCUACGGUCACUUUGGAAGGGACGACCCCGACUUCACCUGGGAGGUGAUCAAGCCCCUCAAAUGGGAGAAGCCGGCUGCCUAAACAUCUACCAGUCAAUGCACCACCUUCUAUCUCCUAGAGUUCACUGAUGAUUACAUCAGUGAAUCAUUGUCUGCUUUAGUUUUCCGUUUCCUUAACAUGGUCGUAUGAUCUACCAUCCAUCCGCUAUUAUGAUUAUCAUUUUUUUGUUUCUGUUGCCUGCAUUAAAAUGUUCUUACCUGUUCGUGCUUGCUGAAACUUUAAAAGUGUAAGGGGUCCGGGUUACAGUUCUACUAUAAAUGGUUGAAGGAACAGAUCCUUGGAGUUAACCAUGGAAUUUGAUCUUGUACUUUGUGAAGGUUUAGCAAAAUGGCUAUUGUAUCUUGCAUUUUUUA